AUGGCAAAAAGACCAAGAAUUUUGACAACAGAUGAUGUAAUUCGAGAGCUUGAUGGAGAUGACUACUUUCUCGACCUAGAUGAUCCACAAGAACCUGUAAUGCUGGGAAGUGAUGACGAAUUUAGUGAUUUGUCAGAUAUUGACGAGGAUGAUGAAGAAGAUGAGGCGAUGAUUAAAUUUCAGGGUAGAUCAUCUCUGAAACAAUAUAUGCCAAUGAAGCCAAUUAAAAGAGGCAUAAAGGUGUGGAUACUUGGAGAUAGCCACAAUGGCUAUUUCCAUAAGUUUCAGAUUUAUUCUGGAAAAGAAGGUACUCGAGAGGUUAACCUAGGAGCGAGAGUAGUGAAGACACUCACAAAUCAUUUGAGAGGCAAAUUUCACCACAUUUUCUUUGAUAAUUUUUUUACAAGCUUGAAAUUGUUAGAAGAUCUUGAGGCGGAUGGAUUGUAUGGAUGUGGAACAGUUCGUAAGCAUCGCAUAGGAUUUCCACCUACAGUGAAGACAUUAAAACUCACUAACAGAGGAGACUCAGUGACUCUACAGAAAAACAACAUCUCUGCUACAGCUUGGCUCGAUAGAAAGGUUGUGACCAUGAUGUCAUCAAAUACACAACCAUCUGCUGUAGGUACUGUACUUCGACGACAAGUCGAUACAACUCGUUCUGCAAUCCCUUGUCCACAAAAUAUUAUAACAUACAACAAGUACAUGGGUGGAGUAGACAGGGGGGAUCAGCUUCGUGGCUAUUACAGCUACAAAAUCAAGUCACGCAAACUCUAUGAAUAUAUAGUCUUUUUUCUUUUCAAUGUUACCGUCACCAAUGCAUACAUCUUACACAAAAACUAUCACUCGUUAGCAACAUUUAAAAACAUAAAGGAGUUCCAUGUUCAGCUGGCAAAAGAGUUGAUAGGCAACUAUUGUAGUCGACUAAGAUGUGGUCGCAAUGGAGGAGCUAUUCGUCAACUAUCUCUAAGGCAUUUUCCUGUGAAGAUAAGAGAUGACAACAACAAGUUGAGAAGAGGUCGAUGCUCUUAUCAUAACACAGUUCACCACGCUCGUGUUGAUAGUUCCUG